AGAUAUAACAUAAAUUCUCACAUCUCCUCUCCGUUUUCGCCCAAUUCUGACAUAAACCGAAAGAAAAUCCAAGAAAGAGGAGCAAAAAAUGUCUUCACCGAGCAAGCGCCGGGAGAUGGAUUUGAUGAAACUGAUGAUGAGCGACUAUAAGGUGGAGAUGAUCAACGAUGGCAUGCAAGAAUUCUAUGUCGAUUUCAAUGGACCCAAAGACAGCCCUUAUGAGGGAGGUGUCUGGAAGAUAAGGGUCGAGCUACCAGAUGCUUAUCCGUACAAAUCUCCAUCAGUUGGAUUCGUCACCAAAAUCUACCACCCAAAUGUUGACGAAAUGUCGGGUUCAGUUUGUUUAGAUGUGAUCAACCAGACAUGGAGCCCUAUGUUUGAUCUGGUGAAUGUGUUUGAGACAUUUCUUCCUCAGCUUCUUCUGUAUCCGAACGCAUCAGAUCCAUUGAAUGGGGAAGCGGCCGCUUUACAAAUGCGUGAUCGUGCUGCUUAUGAUCAACGAGUAAAAGAAUACACGGAGAAGUAUGCGAAGCCAGAGAACACAGCGGCAGAGGGCGAUGGGGAAUCCAGUGACGAAGACGUAAGCGACGAUGAAGAUGACGAUGAUGAUGAUGACGAUGACGUCAUGGACCUCGUCGCGGGAAAGCCUGAUCCUUGACUGGUCGGAACCUUUCCUCGUGCUGUCGCUCCUACGUAUAAUGUAAGAAAAAGCCCCAUCUUUCCUUUUGUAUGUACAUGAAAUUAUAUGAUGGAUUAUGAUAAAUUUAGAGGAUUAAAAAAAAUGAAAUUGAAACUGAAACUGUCAAGUAUCUUCCGA